AUGAAACGCCUUGCCCUGCACGAAAUUGAGCAGAGCCAUGGAACUGUGCAGCUGAUAUCAGACGGGCAAGCACUCCAACGUAAGAAAGGCACUUCGAUUGUGCUUGUGCCUCAGCCAACUCGCAACGACCCUAACGAUCCUCUAAAUUGGCCCUUUGCGAAACGCGUCGCAGCGUUUUGGUCGGUUCUCUUCUUGUCUGCUUUGUGCAACUUUUGUAUCACCGGAUUGGCGCCAGGAUUUGGACAGCUCAUCGAGGAGUUUCAUAUCAGUCUCACUCAGGUUACAUGGCUGAUCUCAGCUUGUCUACUGGGAGAAUUCAUGGGCUGCUAUACAGUGGCACCAUUCUCGACCCGGUAUGGCAAACGACCACUCUGGCUUCUCUGUGGUCUCUUCUUCUUCGUUUGCAACCUCUGGGCUGCCGCAGCGAAGUCAUACUCAUCACUCCUCUUGGCAAGAUUCUUUGCGUCCUGGGCGAGCGGAACAAGCGAACCCCUAAGUGUCGGAACCUUGCAUGACAUCUUCUUCCUCCACGAGCGAGGAACCCAAGCGGGUGUCCAGUCCAUUUGGUUGAGUCUUGGGAGUUCUCUGGCACCCCCUAUCUGUGGUUUUUUGAUCCAAGAUAAGGGAUGGCGCUGGUACCAUUGGCUUGUGUCUAUCUUGGCGGGCGCUGAUCUCAUACUUCUUUUCUUCGUGGUGCCAGAAACUCAGUAUAAUAGAGAUAUGCAGUCAUCACUCGGUGCCGUUGGCGCCGAGAAGGAGAACAACGGUAGGAGUAUCGACACGCCACCGGAGACGGUGGAUCCGAAGAUAAUGUCGGGCCCUGAGGUGGAAAUGCUCGAAGCACAAAGCUCAACCAUCUCACGAGUCAAGCCAAAGAAGACAUAUAAGGAAGAGCUAAAACCAUGGUCACCGGUAAACAAAGAGGUGAACCUCGUUGGUUCGUUCCUCCGCCCAUGGGCAACUUGGUGCUAUCCGAGUGUUGUCUGGUCGGUGUUGUCCUUCUCAAUUCAUGUCACAUGCGUUGUGGUCCUCAUCAGUUUAAUCCCAGUUUAUCUCGGAGCCCCGCCUUACAACUUUAGCAUUAGCCAGCAGGGAUUGGUAUUCUUGAGCCCAUGCAUUGGGAAUCUCUUUGGAUCUUUCUUUUGUGGAUAUAUCAACGACAAGUUGAGCCAAUGGUCCACUCGCCGCAAUGGAGGCGUGUUUGAGCCGGAAAUGCGCCUCCCUGUGGUGGUCUUUCCAGCACUCCUAGUUCCGGCGGGCUUGCUCAUGUUCGGGGUUGGAAUUGCUCACGAAACUCAUUGGAUUGUGCCUGUAUUCGGAACUGGUCUGGUUGGUGUUGCAUUAACAGGAAUUGGAUCAAUCAUACAGCCAUACUUGAUGGAUAGUUAUGCUCCAGUCAUCUUUGAUUGCUUGGUGACGUUCAACGGCUUCAAGAACCUUGUCUCCUUUGCAGUGGGCUUUGCGGUAGUCCCAUGGCUUGAGCUCGAUGGCAUAGUGACGGUGUUCAUUAUUCUGGCUGUGCUUGUGGUGGUUAUUGACGCAGCCGUGUUGGUGAUAUACUUCUUCGGGAAGAAGCUGAGGCAGAGGGAUGCUCGCCUAAGAAUAUUCCUAUUCUAG